AUGGGCCACCAAGUCGACGUCACGCUCGUUCUCGGGCCAAUGGUAUUUUCUGUCGUCUUCAACGCCUUUCUUUACGGGAUUUGUGUGCUACAAUUUUGCUAUUACUGGGAAAGCCGGGCGAGGGACACGGCCAUAAUCAGGUUGCUUGUCGCCUGGACGCUACUUUUGGACACCUUCCAUACCAGUGCACUAUCGUACAUGAUCUGGGAGUAUGUCGUCGUCCACUUCAAUGAUCCGUCUUUCCUAUCGACUGUCCUGUGGCCGUUUUCAUCAACGCCGAUUGUGACGACCAUGACAUCCUUUCCGAUCCAAAUAUACCUCUCCUGGCGUAUACGCCAGUUUUCCCGCUCGACUCGGGUCUUUUCUGUGCUGGUGGCCAUGGCUGUCGCACAGGCGACUCUGGGAUUGGUCUGCUCUGUAGCAGCUUUCCAUGUACCACGAAUCGGGUCUUACAGACAACUGAUCCCGUUUGUCGAUGCAUGGCAAAUAACGGCCGUAGCCACCGACGUCAGCAUAACGCUGCUUCUGUCUUGGUACUUGUGGAAGAGCAGAACCGGUCAAAAAUCAAGCAACAACGUCAUCUGUCGGUUAAUCCGAUCCUCUAUUGAGACGGCGGCUUUCGGUGCUUCUUUUUGCAUAUUGGAUCUGAUUACAUUCACGCUAUUGCAAGAUACGAACUUUCAUGUCGUGUUCGCUUUCCCUUUUCUCAGCCGAUGGGAAGGAUAUAUACGUGAGCCAUGUUUGCUGGGCCGUCUCUCGCUUUUCGUCGCUAAAAUGGAUCGGUCGCUUGUCGGUCAGAAACACCCUACUAAUGGUGACUACACCCCCUCUCCUGAUCUACUCAAGAAACAAAAAGCUCAACCCUUUAUCUUAUCCCAUCCCACCUCUACCAUACAGACCCUCAACUCGCGCCAAUCGCUGCGCGCUGAACUCGAGCGCCCCAUCGUACCCGACAUCGCACUCGACCAAUCGUUCAACACGUUCACCGCGCCAUUGCGCAGUGGGAUCGACCCUGGGCCGCCGCCGCCACCGUCGUCGACAGUGCUGAAGAAGGCGUUGUCGGCAGAGCAGCAGAUGCAGCACCAGCACCAGCACCAGCAUUAUUAUCAUCAUCAUCAACAGCAGCAGCAGCAGCAGCAGAGCGCGAUUAUGUUGAAUGUGACGGUGUAUAGCACCAGCGGUGCGGGUGCGGGUGGGGUUGCUGGUGGUGGUGGAGCGGGUUGUGUGGGCGACGCGACGCAUACGAUUUCUUCUGUGCAGAUAUGUCACAGCGCGCCUGAUGGUCCCUUCACAUCUUCUGUGAGGCUCGAUAUUCCAUGA